ACACAUUCAUUCCGUCUUUGUGUAGGAUCUCUCCGCUCCAAAUCUGUGCAGAUUACGGUUUCCUGUAAUUUCUAGGGUUUUUGAAUCGCUACUAACUGUAUUGGGAGAUGAGUUCCGCCGCCGCCGCAGCAACCAAAGGUGGCAGAGGCAAGCCUAAGUCCUCCAAAUCUGUUUCGCGUUCCUCCAAGGCUGGCCUCCAGUUUCCCGUCGGCAGAAUCGCUCGUUUUCUUAAAGCCGGUAAAUAUGCUGAGCGUGUUGGUGCCGGUGCACCAGUGUAUCUCUCUGCUGUUCUGGAAUACCUCGCUGCUGAGGUUUUGGAGCUUGCUGGAAAUGCGGCGAGGGACAAUAAGAAGAACAGGAUUGUGCCCAGACACAUACAAUUGGCGGUGAGGAAUGAUGAGGAAUUAAGCAAGCUGUUGGGCAAUGUGACAAUUGCUAAUGGUGGUGUUCUGCCGAACAUUCACCAGAAUUUGUUGCCUAAAAAGGCUGGAGGAAGGGACAAAGAGAUUGGCUCUGCGUCUCAAGAGUUUUAGGACUUUUGCCGUUAAUUAGACGGCUGGAUUGAUGGGUAUACUUUGUAAAGGGUUGGAUCAUUUUUUCGUUUGUGAUGAAGUUUGGUCCUUGUCAAACCCGGAUUCUGCUUUGGUGGAAUGAAUGAUAAUCUCUUCCUUCGUUCUUUCUAAAUAUCUGCAGCCAUUAAUCGUCAUUUUCCUACUUUAUUCAUCUGAAGUUUUGUCGAGAA